GGCCGGCCGGGAGCAGGUCUCCCUCAUCAGCACCUCCUUCGUGCUGAAAGGGGACGCGUCUCACAACCAGGCGAUGGUGCACUGGACGGGCGAGAACAGCAGCGUGAUCCUGAUCCUUACCAAGUAUUAUCAUACUGAUAUGGGGAAAGUUCUGGAGAGCUCUUUGUGGAGGUCUUCAGAUUUUGGGACAUUAUACACAAAGUUGAAUCUACAGCCUGGGAUUGCCACUGUUAUUGACAAUUUCUACAUUUGUUCCACCAACAAAAAGAAGAUAAUUCUUGUAAGUUCUUCCCAUAAUGACCGUGACCAAAGCCUUUUCAUAAGCACAGAUGAAGGAGCCACUUUCCAGAAACAACCCAUUGCUUUCUUUGUGGAAACUCUCCUUUUUCACCCAAAAGAAGAAGAUAAAGUACUUGCUUAUACCAAGGAAGGCAAGAUUUAUGUAUCUAUUGACUUGGGGAAAAAAUGGAACCUUUUGCAGGAACGAGUUUCUAAAGAUCAUUUUUUUUGGGCUGUUGCUGGAGUUGACGGGGACCUUGAUUUAGUUCAUAUGGAAAUCCAGGACCCCAGUGGAGGUUAUCGCUACAUCACUUGCCAGAUUCAAAAUUGUUCUGAUAAGACAAUGACAGUCCCAUUUGCUGGCAGCACUGAUCGGGAUUCCCUGACUGUGCAGGACGACUACAUAUUUCUUCAGACAACAUCAGCAAAUCGGACCAAGUAUUUCGUGUCGUACCGUCGGAAUGGCUUUGUACAGAUGAAGUUGCCAAAAUAUGCAUUGCCAAAAGACUUACAGAUAAUCAGUACAGAUGAAAACCAGGUGUUUGUGGCUGUACAGGAGUGGUACCAGACAGAUACAUACAACCUGUACCAGUCUGACCCACAAGGUGUUUACUACUCCCUCUUGCUGGAGAAUGUCCGGAGCACAAAGCAGCCAGAAGAGAAUGUCCUGAUAGAUAUUCUGGAGGUCAGAGGUGUAAAAGGAGUCUUUUUGGCCAACCAGAAAAUUGAUGGGAAAGUCACGACUCUGAUAACCUACAACAAAGGCCGUGACUGGGAUUUUCUAAACCCUCCAGACAUCGAUAUGAAUGGCAAACCCACCAAUUGCAAACCUCCUGAUUGUUACCUCCACCUCCAUCUGCGGUGGGCAGACAAUCCCUAUGUGUCAGGCACAGUGCACACCAAGGACACUGCACCAGGGCUCAUCAUGGGGGCAGGUAACCUGGGGUCCCAGCUGGUUGAGUAUAAAGAAGAGAUGUACAUAACAUCUGACUGUGGGAACACGUGGCGUCAGGUCUUUGAAGAAGAGCACCACAUCUUGUACUUGGACCAUGGUGGAGUUAUUGUGGCUAUCAAAGACACUUCUAUCCCUCUGAAAAUACUCAAGUUCAGCAUAGAUGAAGGCCAGACCUGGAGCACACAUAAUUUUACCAGCACUUCUGUCUUUGUAGAUGGACUACUUAGUGAACCUGGAGAUGAGACACUGGUCAUGACAGUCUUUGGACAUAUCAGCUACCGUUCAGACUGGGAACUGGUGAAGGUGGAUUUCAGACCAUCCUUCCCCAGGGAGUGCACUGAUGAAGACUAUGAGUCUUGGGAACUCACAAAUCUGCAGGGUGAUCGUUGCAUCAUGGGCCAGCAGAGAAGCUUUCGAAAGAGGAAGAUUUCAUCAUGGUGCAUUAAAGGGAAAAGUUUCACAUCAGCUCUCACAUCCAAAGUUUGUGAAUGUGUGAACACUGAUUUCUUAUGUGAUUAUGGGUUUGAGCGCUCUGCACCUCUGAAGUUGGAGUCGAGCAAAUGCUUUGCUGACUUUUGGUUUAACCCAGAAGCACCUCCUGAAGACUGUGUUUUGGGGCAGGCAUACACCAGCAGCACUGGGUACAGGAAAGUUGUUUCUAAUGUGUGUGAAGGUGGAGUAGACCUGCAGCAGAACUUAGCACACCAUAUGUGUCCACUGAUUGCUCCCAAGGGACUACAGAUCAGCAUCAGAGAAGAAAGUCUGGCUGUUAGGCCUGGGGAAGACAUCACCUUCAUUGUCCAACAAGAGCAGGGUGAUGUAUUGAGUACCAAAUACCAGGUAGAUCUUGGAGACGGCUUUAAGGCGAUAUACGUGAACCUGACGAUGACUGGAGAGCCCAUCCGUCACCGCUACGAGAAUCCUGGGAUUUACCGUGUGUCGGUGAAGGCUGAGAACGUGGCUGGGCAUGACGAGGCUGUGGUGUUCGUCCAAGUCAGCUCUCCACUCCAGGCUUUAAAUUUAGAAGUGGUUCCAGUCAUUGGGAGAAACCAGGAGGUGAACCUGACAGCUGUCAUUCUGCCCAAGAACCCUAAUUUGACAGUUUUCUACUGGUGGAUAGGAAACAAUCUUCAGCCACUGCUUACAUUGGAGAGUUUUCUGGUGACAAAGUUUGCUGAGACAGGUGAUGUCAGAGUUACAGUGCAAGUUUCCUGUGGGAGUUCUAUGCUUCAGGACUCAAAAGUUGUCCAUGUUUUUGAUCAUUUUCAUGUUCUUCCUCUGAAGUUUACUAAGGACCUGGACAUGUACAACCCCGACAUACCGGAGUGGAGGGAAGACAUUGGGCGGGUGGUGACGCGACUUCUUGCAAAGGAGACCAGUAUACCUGAGGAAACACUCAUGACAGUUGUGAAACCUGGUCUGCCCACAGCUGCUGACUUGCAUGUGCUACUACCAGCAAAUCAACCAAAAAAGAAGAGAAGCAUAACAAGUGAUAAGAGAAUAGCAGCUAUAAAGCAGGCCCUGAAUGCACACAACAUCAGUUUCUUUCUGAGAGGAGGAUACUGGGUCUUAGUGACUUUAGCUGACUCCAGUUCAGACUCCCAGAGGAUUGGAGGAGGCAGUGGCUACUGGGCUAUUGUGGUUCUCUUUGUUAUUUGUCUAGUUGCAGUUGGGGCUUUCAUCCUCUACAAGUUCAAAAGGAAACUGCCAGGCAGAAAUGUCUACGCUCAGAUGCACAAUGAAAAAGAGCAGGAGAUGACAAGCCCUGUUAAUCACAGUGAGGACACCCAGAACAUCAUCCAGGGUGAGGAGUUUAUUGAUGAUGAUCUGGACUCUCAAACACUAGUGACUCCUUCUGGGAGAAGUGGCAACUUGAACAGCUACAGAGUUCCCUUAUUGCUGAUGCCGGUCAGUGUCCAGUCCCAGGCAAUCACUCAGGCGUGGUUUUGAGCAUCAACUCCAGAGAGAUGCACAGUUACCUGGUUAGCUGAUAUUUGCAGCUGAACACAAAAACCGAAAGACUCUUCACUGUACCAUUUUAUUUUUCCCUGGUGAUGUCCCGAAAUUGCAAACAUGGCUGUAAAUGCUGAUGGAGAGGAGGUUUCUUAUCAGUCCUGUGGAAAAAAGCAUCCCUCAUCAAUUACCAAGGGCGAAGGAUAACAUGUCUUGUAUUCACUCUAUGGCCUGGGAACUCAUUUUGACCAAAACUCAAACUAUGGUAGCAAAUUUGUAGCCCUAGGCACCUUCAAUGCCACCUUGUUUCUUUUCUGUAUAUGCUCUAUUUCUUUAUUUUUAGAAUGAUUGACUGUAACUUUUUAAUUAUAUUUUUGAUUGAGGUAUUCAGUGGAAGGCUGGGAGUCUUCAGCCCGAAAAGGUGAUUUUUACACAAGUGACUAGACCAGAAAAGAUGGUUGGUUGAUCACAAUGACAAUUUUUUUAGUAGGCCAAGUGUUUCUGUACUGGGAAAGGACUGAGAGAGAGACAAAUGCACUCCUAGAUGAGACCAGCUCUUAACUGAAACACGUGUGAGACAAUCUAACAAAUUUAGGCUUAGGCCCUUCUGAGGAUUAAAGGAAGUAAAAUGUUAAUUAGGAUAUCUUGUAAUAUACAAUAAUUCUCUUGUAAGUGUAGCAAGUCCUGACAAAGUAUCAGCACCAGUAUCUCCCCUAGUCCCAUCACAUGUGAAAGAAAAACACCAGCUUGAUGCUAUUUCCAGACCAGGUGCCUUCACUUGAAGACAGUAAUUUUAGUUGCUUUUUUUUUUUUUUUCUCCUGAGCAAACCCCUCUAGGAUGAUGGCAGCUGCCAGACAAGUUCUCCUGUUAAACCCUAGAUUGGUGGCCUGUCUCUUUUUAAAUUUCCAGAGAGUGUAAAUACCUCUUUUAUGCAGCUUUCCUUGUAUGUUUUUUUUUUUUUUUUUUAAACUUCCUAUAAGGGGAGCUGUGCCAGGUGGGUCAGAGUUCUGCUCUGGGAAGGGCUGGGUAGCACUGCCAUCUCCUUCCCACAGCAUCCCUCUUUGGGAUUUCCCCUGGCAUUUGCCCUUGCUGGUGGGAGUGGGCAAAUCCCAACCUGACCUUUUCCACUUGGGUUGGUUUGACAAUCCAGAGGGUCACGGGGAUGAUGGGAAGGGAUUUAGGGCUUCCCAUUUCUUCCCCAUCACCAGGGGGUGUCUCUCAGUCCCUACCACCACUGGCCCCUUUUUCUGCAGGGACAGCAGGGGAAGGGCUUCUGGAGGAGCUGCCUGCACAAAGGCUUGUGAGUCGGAUCCUUGUUUCCUCAUCCCAGUUUUGUCAGUUGGGUCAGAGUUUCCUAGUCUUGACUCUGCAUCCCUAAAGAAUGGCAAUGCAGUGAAUCCACACUCCUCUUGUCUUUUCUCUGUGGUUUAUUUUAGCCAUGUUGGAAAACAAGUAUGGUGUAGUGUGGCAAGUUUAAAUGUCUGGCAUCCUGUGUGUCACAGCUGCCUGGGAUUAGGAUGCUUCUCUCAGAAACCUAUAUAAUCUCUUCACUUUUUGCCUUUGAUAGAGAAUAAAUAACUCUGUACUCACUGAAUGUCAUACUGAUGCUAGUGACAAGCUCGCCCAACACCUUGUUUAAGAAGGAUACAGAUAGUGCAUCGUCCAGAGUAUGCAAACAGAAAAUAAUGAAGGCUAGUCAAAUAGAAAAGAACUGUCUUAAAAUCAGUGUAUGCAUUGGAAUCAUUCUUCCAUGUAGCUGUGAAUAUAAAACAUAUUAUCAUCAAAUGCAGCGGAUUGGGAGGUGGUAAUUCAGUGUAGUACUGUAGGCUCUAACUCCAUAGGAUGUAUGAGUAAAGCACAAGAAAAUCUAGAUUAUAAACUUACUGUAAGGAACUAGGUGGGAAAGUUAGAGUGAAGAUUCUGAAAAGCACUUGCAAACCACUCAGGAAAACAAUUACAAAAAUUGUUCUAAGAUUUCUGCCUAUUUAGUUGUAUAGUGCCAUGUAAACUUAUUAACAGAGAAGCAAUGCCCUGGCUGACUGUUGUACGCCAGACUAUGGAAAUCCAAGGUCUUAAAUGUAUCUGAAUCUGGGUUUCUUGAAGAGAAGUGCUUAUACAAAACAUGCUGUGAAUUGUAAACUCCAGGGGCUUUCUCUCCUCACCAGCUCUUCUUGCUUUUUCUAGUGGAAAUGAGCUCUGGAGCAGAGAAUAAAAUAACACUGCAACCAUCUUACUUGUUCCUGUGAAAUAAAUCUGAAAUAGGUUUUUUGUAUAGGGCAGGUGAGUGGCAAACCAGCUUCAUAGACAAGGAAUGGGGUGGAAGCUCUGGCUUGGGGUUGUUCUCACAUGGUUAGUCUGAUUGGUAAAGGACUCUUUUGGAACUAGGUCACACAUCUAAUUUAUGCUUUAACAGAUAAUUUUAUACAUUUAAUUCAGGGUGAUUUGUGUCUCUGAUCACAGGAGUCUUUUGGAAUGUGGUAGAAUAGUUAACUGCUUGGUAUUCUAAUUAAAACUUAGCACAGUGUAGUGCCUGUAAUAAUUUUUUCCAAUGCUUAAUAAUUGAUUCAUGCAGCACUCCUGUGAGGUUGGUUUGUCAUGUCUUAAAAACUGUUUUCUAAAGACAUGUUGGUAUUACCGUAACUGUAUUAAUAAUACCCAGCAGAUAAUAAAGGAAGCCUUUGAUUUCCUCACAAGAAUAAUUUUAAAAUGAAUUAUUGUAAAACUGAGAAAGUAUUAUUACCAUUCUCUCAUUCAUGGUGUCUUGGUUUGUCUGUCAAUGAAAAGACUCACUAGUGCUAGUUCUCACGUCUCUUGAUAUCUUUAUAUUCUUUAUAUGUAUCUAAAAUCCUGAUACGUGAGUAUUCAGAAACACAGAGUUGCUCCUAUGCACGAGUGCUAGUCACACAUGUGUGCAUGCACACAUACAGUAUCUGUACAUAUUUCAGUUAAGCUUUUUUUAGUGGGGAAGGGUGAUGUGGUGGCUAAGAAAUAGAUGAUGACUGUCAGAUAUCUGGAUUCUGUACCCAGACUUUGAGCAAGUUAUUUCCCUUGUAUGUGCUCCAGUUCCCCCCUAUAAAAUGGGGCUGAUAGUAAUUACCAACCUCACAGGGGCAUUGUGAGGCUAAAUUAGUUACUGUUUGUUCAGGAUCAUCAGAGCAAAAGAAUUUUAUGAGUAUAAAUUAUUAAUGGUUUAACUUUCUUUGUUUCACUUGUAAUUAUCACUGUUCUUAAAACUUCUCUACUGAAACCAGCUGCAAUUAUGUAUAAAUGUAAAAAAAUGCAUAAUUCAAAAAAUGUGCAUCACUGGUAAAAAAGAAAAAAAAAGGUCAUUUUAUUUAAACACUGCUAUUGGAACAUACUGUUACAUGGUAGCACUGCAACAUUGGCUUUGAUUUUGCUGUUGCACACUAGUAUUGUCAACUCACUUGUAUGCAUUGUUAUUUGAUCAAAAACCUUAUAAAAAUGGGUACAGUGAUAUUUAUCAGCACUGAUAUUGAAGUAUACUGAAUCUAAGAAAAGUUGGCAAUGUACUGGCCUCAUUGGCCUCUUUUGGCCUUCUUAAAAUCUGAUAUAUUUGCAAUUUCAAAAACACUGUACUUUUCAGAGUGCUCCAAGCAGUAUGAUCUGAAGCAUUCUAACAGAGCCAUCAAGAUUUACAGCUGUUGUCUUUGCUUUCUCUUUUGACAUUAAAUGUUUUAUAUGGCUUUGGAACAGCCCAUCCAUAUAAAGUAUUCAGAAAUGCUCAGAGGACAUUAAGGGAAAAUGCACACAGUGUUAAUUAAUUUUUCAAUAAUAUAAGCAAUAUAAAGCAGUGUAUAUUUUUAUACUCUGUUGAAGAGGGUGGUGGAAAUGGCUGUGAAGAAAUAGAAGGCCUGAGGCGAGACGUUGUUGUUAUCCA